CCCUCCCCCGUCACUUCCUGCCGGGCUGCGGGCGCCGGAGCGGCUCCUCAGCGUUUACGCCGGCGGCGGCCGCGUCUGGCUCGGCUCCCCGUUUCCUCUGACCCCCGGCCCGGCGGCGCCCGCCUCCUGCGCGGCCACUCCGCCUCUUUCCUCCCGCCGUCCCAUCCUCCUCUCCCUUCUUCCUUCCUCCUUCCCCUCUUCGCCGUCGCCUCCGCCGCCGCCCAGGACCGCCGGCCGGGGGACGAGCUCGGGGCAGCAGCCAGGAGUUUCCCAACCACAUAACCUCUCAGAACUGAACCAAAACGACAUUGUUGCUGGAGCACCUGUUUUUAAGGUAGAACUUUAGACUUCAUAGCACUGAAUUAACCUGCACUGAAAGCUGUUUACCUGCAGUUGUUCACUUUUGUUGAAAGUGACCAUGUCUCAAGUUCAAGUGCAAGUUCAGAACCCAUCUGCCGCUCUCUCAGGGAGCCAAAUACUGAACAAGAACCAGUCUCUUCUCUCACAGCCUUUGAUGAGUAUUCCUUCUACUGCUAGCUCUCUGCCCUCUGAAAAUGCAGGUAGACCUAUUCAAAACUCUGCUUUACCCUCUGCAUCUAUUACAUCCACCAGUGCAGCUGCAGUUCCUUCUAACAUGGCACACCCCAAAGAGAAAACCCCAAUGUGUCUUGUGAAUGAGUUAGCCCGUUUCAACAAGAUUCAGCCUGAGUAUAAGCUUUUGCGUGAGCAAGGUCCAGCUCACUGUAAGGUGUUUACAGUACAGCUAACACUUGGAGAUCAGCACUGGGAAGCUGAAGGAACUAGUAUUAAAAAAGCCCAACACACAGCUGCUGCCAAAGCUUUGGAAGGAACAAAAUUUCCUAAACCUAUAGUCCGCCCUUUUCGUAGCGAAGGAAGGAAUCCAGAAAGCAUAACCCCUACUGUAGAGCUAAAUGCACUGUGCAUGAAACUUGGAAAAAAACCAAUGUAUAAGCCUGUCGACCCUUACUCUCGGAUGCAGUCCACCUAUAACUACAACAUGAGAGGAGGUGCUUAUCCCCCAAGGUACUUUUACCCAUUUCCAGUACCACCUUUACUUUAUCAAGUUGAACUUUCUGUGGGGGGACAGCAAUUUAAUGGGAAAGGAAAGACGAGACAGGCUGCGAAACACGAUGCUGCUGCAAAAGCUUUGAGGAUCCUGCAGAACGAACCGCCACCCGAGAGGCUGGAGGUGAAUGGAAGAGAAUCAGAAGAAGAAAAUCUCAAUAAAUCUGAAAUAAGUCAAGUGUUUGAGAUUGCACUUAAACGGAACUUGCCUGUGAAUUUUGAGUCUUUUCCUCUAAAACAGGUUGCCCGGGAGAGUGGCCCACCCCACAUGAAGAGCUUUGUGACCAGGGUCUCGGUUGGGGAGUUUGUGGGGGAAGGUGAAGGGAAGAGCAAGAAGAUUUCAAAGAAAAACGCUGCUAUAGCUGUUCUUGAGGAGCUGAAGAAGUUACCACCCUUGCCUGCAGUUGAGCGAGUGAAGCCCAGGAUCAAAAAGAAAACAAAAUCCAUAGUCAGGCUGCAGAGCAGCCCGGAAUACGGCCAGGGGAUGAACCCGAUUAGCAGAUUGGCCCAGAUCCAGCAGGCGAAAAAGGAGAAGGAGCCAGAGUACCUGCUCCUCACUGAGCGAGGCCUCCUGCGCCGCAGGGAGUUUGUGAUGCAGGUGAAGGUGGGAAACCACACCGCAGAAGGAUCAGGCACCAAUAAGAAGGUGGCCAAACGCAAUGCAGCUGAGAACAUGCUGGAAAUCCUUGGUUUCAAAGUCCCGCAGGCUCAGCCCACCAAACCAGCCCUCAAAUCAGAGGAGAAGACACCCAUAAAGAAACCAGGGGAUGGAAGAAAAGUAACCUUUUUUGAACCUGGCUCUGGGGAUGAAAAUGGGACUAGCAAUAAAGAGGACGAGUUUAGGAUGCCUUAUCUUAGUCAUCAGCAGCUGCCUGCUGGAAUUCUUCCCAUGGUGCCCGAGGUUGCCCAGGCUGUAGGAGUCAGUCAAGGACAUCACACCAAAGAUUUCACCAGGGUAGCUCCAAAUCCUGCCAAGGCUACGGUAACUGCCAUGAUAGCCCGUGAAUUGUUGUAUGGGGGCACCUCGCCUACAGCCGAGACCAUUUUAAAGAAUAACAUCUCUUCAGGCCACGUACCCCAUGGACCUCUCACGAGACCCUCUGAGCAGCUGGACUAUCUUUCCAGAGUCCAGGGAUUCCAGGUUGAAUACAAAGACUUCCCCAAAAACAACAAGAACGAAUUUGUAUCUCUUAUCAACUGCUCCUCUCAGCCGCCCCUGAUCAGCCACGGUAUUGGAAAGGAUGUGGAGUCCUGCCACGAUAUGGCUGCACUGAACAUUUUAAAGUUGCUGUCUGAGUUGGACCAACAAAAUACAGAGAUGCCAAGAACAGGAAAUGGACCAAUGUCUGUGUGUGGGAGGUGCUGAACCUUAACUGGCCAGGAACCAUUGAAAAAUCCCAACAUAUAUACUUAAAAUACUGAAACUGCUUUGAAAAUUUGGAACUUCUGAUACCUCCAGUGGGCCGAGAGACACCAUGGGUAAAGGACUGGAGACAGCAGUGGUGAAGAAGGCAGGGCCCGGAGAAGGCCGUGUGGCUGCUUGCAAGUGCUGUGGUUUCUCUCCACACAGCAGCAGCUGCUGUGGGGCGAGGUGGGCCUGCCAAGCACCCCUGGCUUCACUGGGAAAUCAGCAGGUCCGUGCCCCAGGCACCCUAGUGCUUGGUUUUGGUGGGGGUUUUUGUUUUGUUUUUUUGGGGUGUUUUUAUUUUUUUAUUUUUUCUUGCUGUGUGAAAGAAGAAACAGAAAGCACGACCCCUUCUCAAACUGGCUCACUCAAACACUUUGGGACAAACCCUGGACAGCACGCUGGAGAGAGGCCUUAGUCUGGCCCCAGAGCUGAAAGCACCGGAGAAAAUCAAAUGCUUCCUCCUCAGCCUGAGCUGACCUUUUUGGCGUGCUCUGGCCCACAGCUCCUGCAGUACCCACACCGUCACCACUGCUCUCUUCCAAGAGAUACGUAUUCUUAGUUUCAUUAUUUUCUUUUGAUUGAAAUGACACUAUAUAAAUUUUCAUUUGAGAGUUCCUCAAUUGUAUCUAGUUACAUAGCACAGUUUAGAAACUUGUCUGAGACUGACUUUAUCAGUAAUCUAACCGGCAAAGAUCAUAUCCACGUGUAUGUGGUUAUACAUUUUUAUUUCAUUGGACUAACCCAGGACCAUUUCAGUGAUGCAAAUUGUUUGCCCUCUGGUUUAGCUGAAACAGUCCUGGACUUCUCAGAAACCUUGAUGAAGUCUCCCACAGUUGUAUAAAUUGGGUAAUUCAGGAAUUUUAAACUUUAAAUGAUCAUUUGGUUCUUUUUCUAUUUUAUUUUUGUUAAUGCAACAGGACUUAAAUGAACUUUUAUCUUUGCUUUAAAGAUUAUUAAAAUUGUGUGUAUAUACUUAUGACUCUUGAGGACACAUGGCUUUCACUACACUACAGGAUAUGAUCUCCAUGUAGCACAUAUACAACUGCAGAUUGAUUUUCCUUGAGUGCUUUAUACUGUUGAUUACAUCUCCAUGUAGGGCUGAAAAGAAUGACCCAUGUUUAUCUCUAUAACUGUGUUGCUUUUGAUGUUGUGUUACUGUGCACAGAAAUGUGUGCAGCAAGGUCCUGCAUAUGGCCCAGAUGAAAAGCACGGUAGCCUUGCAAGUUAAGUACUGCUUCGAUUCAUUGUUUACGCUGGAAUUUUUUCUCCCCAUGGAAUGUAAGUAAAACUUAGUGUUUGUCACCAAUAAAUGGUAAUACUAAAUUUUUUUUGUUAAUUUAUUCUUAAAUGCCACUACUGCUAGGUUGGUCCCUCCCAACCUGCCCCUCUACCCUUUUUUUAAUUUUAAGAAAAAAACUUUGUAAUGCUUGUGAUUCCAUUUGGGCAGAAUUCUGAGAUCUGAAAUAACUUUAUAUCAAACCAUUGAUCAAUAAACAGCUACUAAUGAA